CUCUUUCUGGGGCAGGUUUGUUUCUGUUUCACUGAUCCAACCUUGUGAGAGGGUGGAGGGAGAGAUCUGUCCUGGAGAGACACAGACAGAGAGACACAGACAGAGGGACAACUCAGUUGCAAGAGGUCGGGGAUCAUUGAAUGAAAGGACUCUUAUACAAACACACAGGUGGUGGAGUGGGGCACAAGUUCUCUCAGCAGGAAUGGCAAGCAGCUGAUCACUGACUGGAAUAAGCAGAAAGACCUUGGUGUGUAACCCGAGCAGAAUCACAACAGAGGAUGAAUUCCAUUCCAACUCUGGAGCCCUGGGCCGAGGGCUUCAACUUCAACUUAAACUUGAAUGUGACCGAGCUGCCCGGUCAGAAUUACAACUGUACGUUUAACGAGGAGUUCAAGUACAUCCUGCUUCCAGUGUCCUAUGGAAUAGUGUUCGUGGUGGGACUGGUGCUGAAUUGCCUGGCGAUAUGGGUCUUUGUGUUUCGUAUGAGACCAUGGAACACCACCACCACUUACAUGUUCAACCUGGCCAUAUCGGACACCAUGUAUGUGAUCUCGCUGCCCCUGCUCGUCUACUACUAUGCAAGACGCAACAACUGGCCUUUUGGGGCGGCCUUGUGUAAGAUAGUCCGGUUCCUGUUUUACACCAAUCUGUACUGUAGCAUCCUCUUCCUCACCUGUAUGAGCAUCCACAGAUUUCUGGGAGUGUGCUUCCCCAUGGAGUCCCUGCGCUGGGUCAAAGUGCGGAACACCAGGAUCGUCUGUGCCGUGGUCUGGGUUAUAGUGAUAAUGUGUCAGGCCCCCAUUUUAGCUUUCGUUACCACCGAGGAUAAAGGCACCAAUACUCUUUGUUACGACACGUCCAGCAGAGAGAACUUCAACCAGUUUGUCAUCUACAACAUGGUGCAGUUGGUCCUGCUCUUCUGUGGGCCUUUUGUAAUUGUCAUGGUCUGCUACUGGUUCAUGACUAAAGAGCUUCUCCGGCCCAACACCGCUCACCCAGAGAAUAGCAAAUCCAGGAAAAAGUCCAUCAAGAUGAUUGUCAUCAUUCUCAGCGUGUUUGUCCUUUGCUUCCUGCCCUUCCACAUCACCCGCUCGAUCUAUUACUCCUCCAGGAGCCUGCACCUGAGCUGCAGCACGCUCAACGCGGUCAACCUGGCCUACAAACUGACCAGGCCUCUGGCAAGUGCCAAUAGCUGCCUUGACCCAAUACUCUACGUUCUAGCCGGGCAGACCUAUCGCAGCCAGCUGGCGAGUAAAGGCAUGAGGAAUGGCGUAAAGAAAAUCAAGACUGGGUCUUCGGACACAAAAACAAAUAACACACAGUCCAUUCUUAGCAACACUGAUAUUAUGCUGGAGUCUAUAAAAUGAGGAUAUUGGGAUUACCGAGGAACUUUAAGGUCAUUCCUCCAAGUGGGAGGGCAAGUCAACUAAGCUGCGAGAAAGGGAGCUAAUGGCAUCCUACGUUUUAUAAAUAGGGACUAGAAUUACAAAACAGGUCAUACCAACCCUGUACGAAACACGGUAUAACUGCAGUUGUGUCCAUUUCUGGGCACCCCACUUUGUAUCUGUUUUUUGUGGAAACCCAUCACCAUGCUCAAGAAUAUCCAAACCAGACGGAGAGUUUCAUAUAUGCAUGAAAAUUGCUCCGUGUCUGGAAAUGGAGAUUGCGCUCUCUCUCUUGCAGAACGCACCAUAGCGAAUACUGUCUGGCAACAUCCCACUACUUGUCCAGCUCAGACCACCUUAUCCACUAGGGCUUUGGCUGGCAAGGUUAACAGGAGCUGAAUGGGAAGAUUUCUUGCCCUCAGUGCUUGAGGAAGGCCAUAGACAGGGUAAAGAUGAUUAUAGGUUUAAGCAUCAUCAACAGCAACAACAACAAGAUUACAUUUGUAUAAUGCCUUUCAUGUCGGGAGGACAUCCCAAGGCGCUGGACAGUGUACAGCAUUUCAGACCCAAGCUGGGGUCAGGGGGGGAGAAGGGAGGGGCUCAUGUUGUGAUUCUGAGCUCAUUCUGCAGACUGAUGCUCCAGUGCAAUGCUGUAGGGAGCAUUGCAUUGUCAGAGGUGUUAAUCUUUUGUUGGGACAUUAAACUGAAGUCCUGACUGCCUGUUCUGGUGGAUGUAAAAGACUCCACAGCACUGUUCAAACAGAGGAAGAAUGAUCAAUGGACAAAUACUGUACUGUAGUAACUGACUAAAAAAAAAUGUCAUUUCUCAUCUGUUUCCUCCACAAUCUAUUACUGUUGUUAAGAAGUCAAGCAGCGUUAGGCCGUGCUUUAUAUUUUGAGUCAAAUAACAAAUUUUCAGAGGGACCUGGUAGCUGUUGAUGUUGCACUAUUGUCUGUGUAAUAUUGUCCUCCCGCUAUACAAAUGUAAUUUGUUGUUGUUAUUGAUUUUUUGUGUGUGUGUGUGUGGAUGACAGGCAACAAAUGAGAUUGGGAUUAUUAGAUUGUGAGGUCAUGAAUCGCCUUAAUUUGUUGAAUCAAGUAACAAAUAAAGUAAAAUAAAAAGAAA